AUGAAAUUACGCUCCCAAGCCCUGCCAGACUUGCUGGUUCAGAUGGGUCUUUGGGAAAGGCUGCCAAAUCCUCUGUUUGCAGCCUCUGUGGUGACUGUAAAUACAUUUCCCGUCAUCAUACAACUUUGGGUGAGCAUUGGCAAAAAAGCAGUAGCUGUGGGCCAGAGCAUCCUACGGUUAAGGUUGAGAACAAUAAAAAAGCCACGGCCACCUCUAAGAAGAUUAUCAUAUGGAUAGACCAGUACCCGAAGGUGAUGCUUUGUGACAUUGCUAAAAACCGAGAAAUGAGAGCUGGAUUUUCAUUUGAGCCUGGGUGUUUAGGGCAUAACAAGCAAGAAAUCAAGGAAAGUGUUUCGGCUAAAGAAGUUCAGUCUGUCUGUCGUGCUCUGAGUCCUACUGAACACCAGAGCCAUCGCACAAAUGCAAAGACAGUAUCCAGUCACAAGAGAUGUCAUUCCCUGAAGAGUAAAAGCUCCACUACCUGUUCUGCUUCUUCCUCACUACGUGAACACACACAAGAAGGGCAGUGCAGGACUCGCAUUCAUGGCAGAGAUGUUGAAGAGGAUCCUAGCUCUCGAUCCAACCUAGUAGGAGAGGAGAUCCACAGGGACAAAAGACUGAAACUAGGGCAUGGUGUUAAAGAUGGGACGUUGCCAUCUACUCCGGAUUUCGAAAAUGUCACUUGCAAAGACCAAGCGGAAACAGACUCUGUAGACAAAGAGAUGUCUGUUGAAAGUCGAGCAUGUGUAGAGCGUGCAGUUUGUGACAGCAGCUGUUUUGGCUCCACUGAGAAAGAAAACAAUGUCCACAAUAGACCUUGUGAUGAGAAAAACAAUCCCACAAACACUGAGGCAGCAGAAAUGUCAUCAGAAGUGUUCAGUGAUACCAACGAGGUUGAAAUGGAGGAACUAGACUCAUUUACCUGCCAGAGAGCGAGGCCCUAUAUCAGGAACAUACAAUAUUCUUGUGCACGCACUUUUAUGUCCUGGCCCUUCCCUAACAGUCGCUUGAUCCCAAAACCACAUACCACAGACUGUCAAGCAGAGCCUAUUGAUCUAUCGGCUCGAAAUAACAGCAACGCUCCAUCCGAUCAAAUUGAGCCAGGUAUAUCCAGCAAAUGGACCAAUGAUGAACUCCCACAUUCAGAGGCCUCCUCAAUCACAGCCCAUCAUGUUUCCAUUCAAAAGGAAGACAAGCGAGAAGAGAAUGGAGAAAGCAUUUUAAAGGAGAGGAAUAGGCAAACACAUGACAAUGUGUCAUCAUUAUCUACGGAGUUUGCAUCUCACCUUAUGGAAGCAGAAGAACCCAGUCUCUCCUUCGAUAAGGCUACAUUUUCCAAUGUAGCCGCAUCUUCGCCAGUUGAUAGACCUGAACCGGACAGCUCCACGUUGACCCCUUCCCCAUCAGCUCUUGACCUGAGUGACUGUGAAACUGCCAAUACUUUAUCUCCCAUGUCAUCUCUGUUCUCACACAGUGGUCCGAGCAGCCUUCCAGCCACACCCUCCUCUCUCACACUUUCAUUGUUCCUACUGAAGAAAGUCGAACUUGUUGAAUCAGCUUAUUCUGCAUGUACGUCCUCAACACCCAAAUGUAAGGUCAAAGCUGGAUAUAAAGAAUUGUUCACCUGUGAAGAAUCCCAAAUAACAUCAGGGACUUCACCCUCUGCUCCUUCACAUAACUCUGACUCCUUUGAUUCAUGUCAAUCUUCCCUCCUCCUUCCUCAAGUCGAGCAAGAGAGUGACGAAGAACUCCUCACACACAAAACGGAUUCAAAUGUUAUUAUGCUUCCACAGAUUCUCUCUCCUAUCAAUUCCCCCCAAGGAAAAUCACAAAAAAGCCUUUUUCCCCCCCAAAGCCAAGACUGCCCAGGUGACGCAAAGGAGGACCAACACAUGGACUCCAGCAAACGUCAAGUGUUACCUGAAUGUCACAUGCCAGAAAUUGUCAAUUGCAAUAAUGAAAACUCAAAGGAUGAUCUUGAACAUAAUAGGGAAGACUUGGAAGGAGUCUCUAAAGCUACUCCAAAGGACGUGGAGUCUUCGCCAUACAAUAAUGAAGAUGUGGAGGAUGCUAAUGAAGAGGAAAGCCAGGAUGAAACCGACAAUGAAGAUGAUGUGGAACAGGGUAACAACAAAUCAGAUCAAGUUCCUUCCGAGGCUAAGAGAAAGGCGAGCAUAACCUCAGGAGCUCUGACAGAACCCUGCUCUUCUCCCAGCUGUGAUGAAGACGAUGACGGGUCUUUCAGUGAUGAAGGACAGCCAAGUCCUAUUGGAGAAGAAGGAUCUAGUCCAUCUGAAGUAGCAGGCAGUGAUAGGGAUAAAAGUGUGGAAGAGGAUACUCAGCCGAGCGUUCUGGACGAUAUCACAGCUUACGAACAGGACAUCCUACUUGUCGAUAUGAUCCAGGACGACUUUGAGCUGUUCGAAAAGCUGCCCCAGGAGAGAGUGCUGAAGCUAGGCCCCACCCGGGUCACAGAGGCCCCUAAACACAGACCUGUUGGAGUGGUGAAAACACUGACGCCCAGGAUAGAUGGAGCAUCACUGGAGUUUAAAGAAGAAUCGAGCUCAGUUGAUACCUACGAUGGCAGUACUGAUGUCACAGAACAGGAGAGCAGGACAUGGAGACCUCAGUGUAGCAGAAACCAGCCCCCCACGCAAAGCAGCACAUGGCCUUCGACUGAAAACACGAGUCUCCCUGAUGCCAACAUCAAUCUUGUAAACAGAGUUUUGGAGAGGAGCCAGCCCAUCCAUACGGUGAAGUCCCUGCAAAACAACUUCCCUCCACUUAUGACUGCAAGAAUUGGGCCCUUGAUCAAAAACCCACCCAACAUGACAGAGGUCAGGUGCCACAAAUCUAAUUCUUACUGCAGACAGUACUUCAGUGAUUCGCUGUUCUGUCGGUUCAAGAUCUGUUACUUCCAACAUGUGCCUAAGGCGGGCGACGAGAAGUUGUGCAUUGAAACUGUGACGCGGUUCGCCAAAAAACCAAUGUGCCUUCAGAAAGCAGGAGCUGUGUAUACAGGAUACUACCAGAACAACCCACCUGGAAUGUAUUUCUCCAUGCCCGUGCUCCUCACCCUCCUCUGGGCUCUGCUCAAUGCCGGCAUGGUGUCAGAGGUCUUCUCGGUUCUCAACGUCAGCCUGGCUCACAAGAUCGUGCCUGGCCCCGAGUUCCUGUUGGCCCUCUUCAACAUUGUGAAAGAAAAGAGUCUCACAAGUGUUGUACCUGAUCUCAGGGAGCUCACAAACAAGAUGGCCAGUGCCGGCUUGGUGCUGAAUUUGAACAGCUUCGACAGCGUUAAAAACACUCCUGAGUUCCAGCAGACGGUCAAUCCAAACUCACUUGUUUCAGUGCCUGGUAACCACAAGGUAUCCCAGAGUGCACCCUUCCCAGAGUGCCUGAAUCUGGACGACUCCAUUGUGGAAAUAGAGCUGUGUGCCAAGCAGGAGGACUGGAGGAGGAUGGGGAAUGUUUUCCGCUCCAUUUGUCAGGUGUCCAAACAUCCCCACCAGUUGGGGCGAAUCAGCGGGCGCAUCGCCACCGCGCUGCUCUCUGAGAGCAAAGACAAGCUGUCGCUGCCCUUUGCUACCUUCGCUGAGUCGGUGUGUCAGGGGGAAGAUGACCUGGUCGGGAGUUUUUUGGGCAGAAUUGGGGUCUCGCUCAUGUUGAGAUACCACAAAACGCAACAAUGGUCAAAGGGUCGGAGGGUGGUGGAUGUGCUGUCCUUUUCCAAAGUGAACUACUCCAAACUGAAGGGUUUGUUCGGGAACGAGAAUGGAGCCUCGCGCUGCUCCCUGGUUACCGUGGCGGCUGAGCUGCUCCUCCUGAGUGGCAGCGUGGAGGGAGCACUGAACACACUGCGAGAAAACAAAUGGUUCCUGAGUUCGUCGUUGUGGCCGUGUGACCCUGCCGAUCUGGAGAGUAGAAGUCGUGUGUUGAUGCGUCUGGCCGGGGAAACCUCUCACAGAGACACGCUGGAGGUCCUCUGUAAUCUGCCUGGACUCAGAGAGCUAAACGACAUGGUCAGCAUCCCCAAGUAUGAUCCUCUGUUUAACUCUCACCUGCAAGUGUGCGUGGACCGACAGAUUCUCCCCGUAGCUUCAGACACCGUGGACUUCAUGCUCAGUAAGAAACUGUCCGUCAAUCCUCUUCUGCUGCAAACGCUCCUGAACAAACUGGGAAAGCAGAACCUCUGGCCCCACGCGCGGAGAGCCUUCAGUCACUCCCUGAGUUCGGGCUACUACCCGGAGGUGUCGACGGGCUUCAUGGCCCUGAUGGUGCCCUGCUCUCUGGGGGAGGUGGAGCUGGCUCUCUGCUUGGAGAUGUUCGUCACGGUCAGCGCUACGGACAUCUUCCACCUAUCAGAGACCUCCACUUCCUGUCUCAGUAUCACUCUCAAAAGGACUCAGAACUGUGAGAGCGAGUACCUCUCCGCAGGAAGCCGCCUCCUCUCCGCAGCGUGCAGGCCGCUGCCCAAACUGGUCGUUCACUACACGGCCGUUAACUCGUCUCAGGAUCAGGUUUUCACUCUGGACGUUUUCUCUGCUCGUUCCUGGCUCCGCCACAAUCACCUGUGGGCCAACGAGGUGUGGACGCGCUGAUCCAAAAUGAUAAUUCCUCCGCAGUCCCCCGGACAUAAUUAACUUUCCUUUUUCCCUUAAAACUGCUUUUGUUCCAGAGGCUGCGGUUGACUGGGAAAACAACCAAUUAAAUCAACACAUGUACAUUUCUGUUGGCUGUCAUAUUUCAAUUUAGCCUUUGACCAAGAAGAAGAAACUCACAACCAAAGUUGGACACCAGACAUUUUCAAUGAUUGAUUUUUGUACAAAGAUAAUGCCUCAUUUUUGUUCAAAUUUUGUUUUAAAUAUGUUAAGGAUUUUUAUGUUAAUUGUGGUUUCCUGAGGAGUUAUUUUAGCUGAAUUGUCUUUGAUUUAUGUCACUCGGUGUUUGUGUGAUUUGGAAAAAUAAGUAAUCUGGUAGGGCGGUUGGUUUCUUUAACAAAAAUGUACAAUGUGUAUAUAAGUGUAUAUUUAUAAUGGUGUUAAGUCUUUGACGGUAUUAUUUUGCUACAUCAUCUUACUGAUUGUCAAAUCCUCAAUUGUUGCUUGUUCAAGAGCUGUGAUUUACAUUUUCUUUGUAAUACGUUUUUAUAAAAACUGUUCAGCUCCAAAAGUUUGACUUUGUACUGUUUGUUUGAAAAAAGAUCCCCAAAUGAUUGUCUUUUGGAAAAUAAAAGAUUGGUAGGUAGU